UUUACAACCCUGCAUUUUAUUUCAGCACACUAUGCCUCUGACGUCGCAGAUAAUGGGGCAUGGGAUCACUCCUCAUAAUGAGGACAGAACGGAACACGAUGAACGCCCCGCGAAAAAGCGCCGCUUCUUCGUCGAAGAUGAAGAACAGACCCCCCAAUCUCAAAAGUCCGAACAGAGCAGCUACAUCGUACAAGACGCGUCUAACCAGGCACACCAACCGAAAACCCAACCAUAUAUGGCUUUGGAAUCAUUUGUUGACGGGCAUCAUAGUACAGAAACCGUUGGACAGGCAGAAACGGAACCGCAAUCAGAGCAGACGAUUCGCCCACUUCCAUCUCAAACUUGUCUAAUAGAGACUAUUGAUGAUACCUGGCAAGCAGAUAUUCGCGCUCAGUCCGAAAAUCAGACAGUAGACAGUUUCGACUCUGCUCUCUUCUCCAGUGUUGUAGGAGGAGACGUUCCACUUACAACGAUUACACAAAUUCGACGGGCUGCGGGGGAUAAUAUGGAAAGGGCAAUCAAUAUGUAUUUUGACGGAUCCUAUAAAACAAUACCCGCAAACCCUCCACAAGUUCCUCCGUCGAAGCCGGACCAGCCAGACCAGAUCGAACCGGGGGAGUCCUCAAAUAGGGCUGAGAGCAACGCUCGAAUCCUCCUGUCACCAGAAAUUGCAUCCACUCAUGGUCUUCCGGAAUGGUCGCCACCUGAAGGAGCCGAGGUGAUUCUUAAACAUAUGCCUCGCCAAAGAUACAUUGGGGCGUUCGGCGUAGGCGGCUGGGCUACAAGAAGUGGACUGAAUGUAAUUUGUCACAACCAAAAGGUUAGAAUAGAAAGGUCGAAGCUUCGAACAACAAAAAUAGGACGAGGGGGAAGGCUGCUUCCGAACCAGAAAGUGGAUGUUUUGACUCGGUUUGUGAAUUUACGAGGUGAAGAGAUCGGCCGCCUUCCCCAGGAAACCGCCGAAUGGGUCUCAACACUGAUUGAUCAAAAGAUUUGUGAUUUCGAGGGUGUCUGUGUCUAUGCCCCCGACCGUGUGAGAGUUAACGAUACUAUCUACCUUCAGUUACACUGUUACAUCAAAAACGAAGCUUUCAGGCCAGACACGUUUCGAAAUAUGGACGAUAAUAGGUCAAUUACUUUCUUUGAGCAGCAGGAGAGCACGGAAGAGCGCGAUCUACGACUACGUCAAAUUGCUUUAAUCAAGGUUUUUGAUGAAAUUGGCCUUCUACCAACAUCCACCACAGAAACGACCGCAAAGCAUAAGAAAGAUGGGCUGCUUCGUGCCGCAGAGAUCUCUGAAGUCCAUGAAAAGAAGAAAGACAAACCAAGGGAAGCUACUGAAAUGGAGGAUUCCUCGCCAGAUGAAGAGUCUGCCGAAUUGGAAGAAGAUCAUCUCGAUACUCUCUACAAAAAAGCCCAGUCUUUUGAUUUCAAUACGCCUGAAGCUCAACCUGCAGAGACAUUUGCCAUGAACCUUCGAAAAUAUCAAAAACAAGCUUUGCACUGGAUGCUUGCCAAGGAAAGAGAUACGACAUCUGGUAGGCAAUCAUCAAUGCAUCCUCUAUGGGAACAGUACAAGUGGCCAUUGAAAGAUGUGGAUGAUAAAGUUCUACCGUGUGUUGAGCAACAAGAUUUCUUUUACGUGAAUCCUUAUUCUGGGGAGCUCAGUUUGGACUUCCCCGUCCAGAAGCAACAUUGCCUGGGAGGUAUUUUAGCAGAUGAAAUGGGACUGGGGAAAACCAUUGAAAUGAUGAGUCUAGUCCAUACGAACAGAAUAACCCCAGAUAAUUAUACGGCGACUAUUGAACCACAGCAUAUUUCCACCACGUCUAGCGGUGUCACUCCGGCUCCUUAUACAACUCUUGUAGUGGCACCGACAUCCCUUCUUGCGCAAUGGGAAAGCGAGGCCCAAAAAGCAUCUGCACCUGGAACGCUGAAAACGUUCGUUUAUUAUGGCACAGAUAGAACGAUGGACCUCAGAACAGUUUGUUCAAGACAAAACGGAGCUAAUGCUCCAAAUGUGAUUGUAACCAGCUACGGUGUUGUCCUGUCGGAAUUUCGAAAUUACGCUGCCCAACCACAAUAUGCUCGUAACCAUAUGGGGCUCUUUGCUCUCGAAUUCUUCAGAAUCAUCCUUGACGAAGCCCAUUUGAUUAAGAACAGACGCUCCAAGUCUGCACGAGCAUGUUACGAACUCAAAACUAUUCAUCGAUGGGUAUUGACUGGUACGCCUAUCGUUAAUCGGCUUGAGGAUCUUUUCAGUCUGGUCCGCUUUCUAAAGGUCGAGCCGUGGAGCAAUUUUUCUUUCUGGAAGACCUUCAUUACAGUGCCAUUCGAAUCGAAAGACUACAUACGUGCAUUGAAUGUUGUGCAAACGGUCCUCGAACCUCUUGUCUUACGUCGAACUAAGACAAUGAAAACACCUGAGGGUGAAGCAUUGGUUCCUCUUCCUCCCCGGACCGUCAAGAUUGAAGAGAUUGAGCUUUCGCAGGAGGAGCGGGAGAUUUAUGACUUGAUCUAUUGCCGAGCGAAAAGAACCUUUAACGAUAACAUCGAAGCUGGCACUCUGCUGAAAUCUUACUCUACCAUAUUCGCUCAAAUCUUGCGGCUUCGUCAAACCUGUUGUCAUCCAAUUCUUACUAGAAAUAAGGCAAUAGUUGCUGAAGAAGAAGAUGCGGCAGCAACAGCGGAUUUUCUUAAUGAAUAUCAAGAUGAUAUGGAUUUGCAGGAGUUAAUUAAUAAAUUUACAAAAGCAACCAAUUCAGUUAACGCGAAUGGAGAACAAGGCUCCAUGGCGCGUUUUACGACGCAUGCUUUGCGACAGAUUCAAAGUGAUACCAGUGGGGAAUGUCCCAUCUGCUCGGAGGAGCCUCUGAUAGAACCAGCGGUUACAGGCUGCUGGCACAGCGCCUGCAAAAAGUGCCUUGAGAAUUACAUUCGACAUCAAACUGACAAGGGCGAGCUCCCACGGUGUUUCUCCUGUCGCGCCCCAGUUACGCGGCAGGAUAUCUUCGAAGUCAUUCGUCAUCAUUCACCCAAUAGUACUCCAGACGAAAACCAUAUUGUCAGCAGUACACCACCGAUUUCCUCAGAACCUACGCCAAAGAUAUCGUUGCGACGCAUAUACCCCUUGUCGCCUUCUGCCCACACGUCUGCAAAGAUACAUGCGUUGAUCACACACCUCUUAAAACUACCCCGAAACACGAAAUCUGUGGUCUUCUCUCAAUUCACAUCCUUCCUAGACCUAAUCGGCCCCCAGCUCAGCAAAGCCGGUAUCUCCUUCCUGCGACUCGACGGCUCAAUGCCCCAAAAGGCUCGAGCAGAAGUCCUCCGCCAGUUCAACCGCACAGAAAUUUACGAAGAGGAAAUGAACCUAGAAGACGACAUCGCUAGUCUCGAGGAUUCAAAGAAACCCACCAACCCACCGGCUACUCACAACAUCCUUCUCAUCAGCCUUCGCGCCGGUGGCGUGGGAUUGAAUCUAACAACAGCCAAUAAUGUAUUCAUGAUGGAUCCGUGGUGGAGUUUUGCGGUCGAGGCGCAAGCCAUCGAUCGUGUUCAUCGUAUGGGCCAGUUGCGAGAGGUUUCUGUGACGCGGUUCGUAGUCAAGGAUUCAAUUGAAGUCCGCAUGCUCCGCGUCCAGGAACGCAAAAUGAAUAUCGCGGGUUCACUUGGUCUACGCGUUGGCGGCGAUGGCACGGAGGAUGAUCGCAGGAAGGAUCGGAUUGAGGAGCUGAAGCUCCUGUUUGAGUGAUAUGUGCUAUUUGAUUAGUGAAGAUCUCUUUUAGAUACCCACAGAGUUGACAUCGAAACGUUUACUGUUGUACAUAGAGCUAUAGUCUGGGUUUGGAUGUCUUUUUAUGUACAGAAAUAGUCCCGCAUCCAAAUUCGCUUAUAAUGGAUUACAAAUUCUAGGAUAUAGUAUGUUAG